CUGCUGCUGCAGGAGUAUUUGUAAUCCUGCUUCUAACAUUUCCUUCCUGUUGGAUUUUGAUUUCUGUGAAGAAAAGCUGAAUUAAAAUUGUACAAAGCAAGGACUUUGUGGAUUGCAACAGCCUCUGAUGCCUCAGGUUAUCUGAAGAUUCAGUGACAAAAUGCCCUAAAUAUACUUCUGAUCCUCCAGGCUCUGAAUCAUGGGGAAUGUUGAGAGUCAGCACGGAGACCAUGUCCUCUACAGUAACAGGCGUGGCUAUUUGUCACGUAAGCACAUGUCUCGGUCUCUUCGCAUUUCCAACAAACAAUCAAGACACCCUCAUCAUGCUUCAUUGGGAAAAAUGGAGCACAGGAACUCUGAGACGAGCACACGGUCAAGUAGCACUCCCAGCAUCCCACAGUCCCUGGCUGACAAUGGCUUGGACCCCUUCAAUGAAACCAACGUCCUCCCAGACUUUGGAAGCCCCAUUUGGGUUGAUCGCGUGGCCAUGAGUCUGCGGCCCGUGGCCUUUCACAAUGAUUUGGCCAAUCCCUCUGUGCAUAUGAAUACAAUGCACAUAACCUUACCUGGUCCCACAGCAGAGGAGCUGCAGGUAGAUGAUAUGUACACAAACGAGGUAAAAUACAUUCAGAAGACCCUGGAUUGCCCCAAAGAAACUGCCAGCUUCAAAAAAAGGUCUAAAUCUGCAGACACGUGGCGAGACGACAGUCUGGAGUUCUCCCUGUCUGACGUCAGCCAAGAUCACUUGACCAGCACGGAGGAAAUCAUCGACGUGGCUAAUGAGAGAGACUUCAGUGACCGUGAAGGCCACCUGCAGUCCAGCCCCACCAACUCCGCUGACAGGGCAAACUCUUUAGAUGAGCUGUAUAGUAGCACCAGUCCAGCCUGCAGGCAUCCCCAUGGCCGCUAUGCCAAGUGGCAUAAUGCCAACAGGUCCGCCCGGGAGAACGAGGAUGAUAAAGUGCUCUCAACGUCGGAGGAGGAUGGGAACACCUACGGUGCUUUCACCCUUCCCUGCCGACGAUCCCACUGCCUGUCUGAAGGUCGGAGCAGCCACCAAACCGCCACGUGUACCAGUAUGCAGGGCAGACGGGCGCAGACUAUUCAGGAUGUCACGGCUGGGGACGGCAGUGAAUACGAGGACAGUGGAAUCGAUGGGGUGAUGGUGGAGACAGAGCACCAGUCUCGACGAUACAAGACCAUGUCAGCCUCCUUUUCUGUUUACUCGGUGCAAGGAAGGAGCAUGUUCGCCGGCAGCGACAGCGGCAGCAGUGGUGGCGGCGGGGCCAACGAGUGUGUGCAGGGUGUGUACGAGAACUUUCGUCACGAGCUACAAAUGAGCUCCUGCCAGUCGGAGAACUUGGAGGAGGCGAGCUCCGCCCUGAGUGAUGAGCAGAGCACCAUGAGCUCCGCCUACCAAUCUGACGUGUUGCUCAGCGUUGCCCAGGGGAUGGUACGCAAAGCCGGGAAACUGGCUGUGAAGAACUUCCUGGUGCAUAAGAAGAACAAGAAAGUGGAAUCUGCCACAAGACGCAAGUGGAAAAACUACUGGGUAUCACUUAAAGGAUGCACUCUGUUCUUUCACGAGACUGAUGGCCGUUCAGGGAUUGACAACUGUAACCCCAAACAUGCCAUAUGGGUGGAGAACAGCAUUGUCCAAGCUGUGCCAGAACAUCCCAAAAAGGACUUUGUGUUCUGUCUCAGCAACUCCUUAGGGGAUGCCUUCCUUUUCCAGACCUGUAGCCAGACGGAGCUGGAAAACUGGAUCACAGCCAUCCACUCGGCAUGUGCUACGGCCGUCGCCCGCCAGCACCACCGAGAGGACACGGUUCGCUUGCUCCGUGCUGAAAUCAAAAAGCUGGAACAGAAGAGUGACAUGGACGAGAAGAUGAAGAAGAUGGGAGAGAUGCAGCUGUCUGCCGUCACCGACACCAAAAAAAGAAAGACAAUCUUGGAUCAAAUCUUCUUAUGGGAGCAGAACCUGGAACAGUUUCACAUGGAUCUGUUCCGCUUUAGAUGCUACCUGGCCAGCUUACAAGGAGGAGAGCUGCCCAACCCUAAACGCCUCCUGGCCUUCGCCUCUCGCCCCACCAAGCUGGCAAUGGGCCGACUGGGUAUAUUCUCCGUCUCUUCCUUCCAUGCACUGGUGGCAGCUCGGACAGAGACUGGAGUGAGGAGGCGAACACAAGCCAUGUCUCAUUCUUGCAGCAAGCGAAAGAGCAGGUUCUCUUCCAUCUGGGGUCUGGACACUACCUCAAAGAAGAAGACAAAAGCCCACCCUACAGUCAUCCAGGUGUUUGCUGAUGAGGAGCCUGAGAGAAAGCCCAAAGACAGCAUUUUUGUUGAUCCUGUGAAAGAAAACUCAAAAUGUGAGGAGGGAGCUGUGAAAAGCCUUUCACAACCCAACACAGAGAGCGACAUCUGGGUCCCUGACCACCUCACCCCCUCCUGGGUUUGUCUGCCAAACGACCAGCCUGUUUUAACAACCAUCCAGCCAGGAGAGUCUGCACUGUGUGUUCUUGAGUCCAUCUGCAAGGCUCAUGAGCUUGAUCCAACCAAACACUACUUGAGGCUCAGAUUCCUCAUUGAAAGCCAAGUGCAAUUCUACAUCCCCAAACCAGAAGAGGAUAUAUGUGACUUGCUUUACAAAGAAAUUGAGAUCUGCUCCAAAACUACUAAAGUAAUCCAGUUUGACAGAGAUGAAUCCUGCAUGAUUGGUUAUGGUUUCUCCAUAUCGGUGGUAGAAGAAGAUGGAAUACAGCAGCUCUACAUCACUGAUGUGAAGGCAGGGGGAUUAGCCUUUGCUAAAGGUUUAAAUGCUGGGGAUGAGAUACUUCAGCUGAAUGGAAAAGCCUCUCACAAUCUGAACUUCUCCGACAUGAAGACAGCCUUUUCCCAAGCAGCUCUGGCUCUGACUGUCAACACUCUGCCUUCUGUGGACCGACGUCAGCUUUGUUAUCUGCCGCCACGUCGCUCGGAUGCCGCAGAAGAUCUUUACACGGACAUCUUCUCUCAGAGUCAAGAAGAGAUUCUGGAUGACGGCGUGGGACUGUUGCUGGAGAGCUCGGGAGACAGCCUGGAUGAUGACUCUGAGAGCUUCAGUGAGUUUGAAGAGUGUAGAAAGUACAGAAAGCGCUCUGCUGACUCCAUCCAUGACAUGCUGCACCUGAGUACGGAGCAGGUCGCUGCUUUUUGUCGCAGUCUCCAUGACAUGAAUCCUCUGGAGUGCAUGUCCUCUUCGCCAAGCCCGGACUCGCCCUUCCCACCUACCGCAACUCCCCGACAGCUCUCAGAUGCCGACAAGCUCCGCAAAGUAAUCUGUGAACUUGUGGAGACGGAACGCACCUACGUCAAAGAUCUCAACUGCCUCAUUGGGCGAUAUUUAACCCCGCUGCAGAAAGAGACCUUCCUGACUCAGGAUGAGCUGGAUGUGCUGUUUGGGAAUCUACCAGAAAUGGUGGAAUUUCAGGUUGAGUUUCUCAAGACCCUGGAAGAUGGAACCAGGCUGGUUCCGGACCUGGAGAAGCUGGAGACAGUUGAUCAGUUUAAGAAAAUCCUCUUCUCUUUGGGAGGCUCUUUCCUGUAUUAUGCGGACCGUUUUAAAAUCUAUAGUGCUUUCUGCGCCAGCCACACCAAAGUCCCAAAGGUCCUCGUAAAGGCCAAAACAGACCCAAAUUUCAAGACCUUCCUUGAUGAGCGGAACCCCAAACAGCAACACUCCUCCACCCUUGAGUCCUAUUUAAUAAAACCCAUACAGAGGGUGCUGAAGUACCCCCUCCUGCUGAGGGAGCUCUACUCUCUCACAGAUCCAGACAGUGAGGAGCACUACCAUUUGGAUGUUGCCAUCAAAGCCAUGAACAAGGUUGCCAGCCACAUCAAUGAGAUGCAGAAGAUCCACGAGGAGUUUGGAGCCGUGUUUGAUCAGCUCAUCACCGAGCAGAGCAGUGAAAAGAAAGAGGUUGCUGAUCUGUCGAUGGGUGAUCUGCUUCUUCACAACACAGUAACCUGGAUCAACCCACCUGCUUCCUUAGGAAAAUGGAAGAAAGAACCACAGAUGGCCACAUUUGUGUUCAAAACCGCUGUGGUGUUUGUUUGCAAAGAAGAGUUCAAGCAGAAGAAGAAAAUGGGAGGCUCUCAUCGUGCCUCUAUAUCUUCAGAGGAGAGGGAUCCCUUCCGGUUCCGUCACAUGAUCCCAACAGAAGCCCUUCAAGUCAGACCUUUAGCAAAUGCAGAAGGCGAGAGUUCAGCCAUGUGUGAGAUUGUUCACACAAAAUCAGAGUCUGAGGGAAGGCCAGAGAGGACGUUUCACCUCUGCUGCAGCUCUCCAGAGAGCAGAAAAGACUUUCUGAAGACGGUCCAUUCCAUUUUGAGGGAGAAGCAUCGCCGGCAGCUCCUAAAAACUGAGAGUUUACCCCUCAACCAACAGUAUGUGCCAUUUGGAGGAAAGCGGCUGAGUGCCCUGAAGGGAGCCCGUCCGGUCAUAAAUAGAGCUGCAUCUGCCCCGACCAGGACGCUGGGCAGAAGAAAGCUGGUGCGCAACCGUUUUACCAUAGACACGGACAUUGUUUUUGAUGGAGACACAGAACACCAGGACCUUGCAUCGCCGCAGGAGUCCGACUCAAAACAGCUGCAGCAUGAUCAGCAGCAGCAGUCCGAAUUAACAGGCGACACAGACCGCUGGGUGGAGGAGCAGUUCGACUUGGAGGAGUACGAAGACCAGGAAGAAGUCAAAGAGACAGACAUCCUUAGUGAUGAAGAUGAUGAGUUUUGCCAGACCCCUACAUCUCCAUCUGAUGAGGCUAAUUUGGAGAGCCCGAUGAUGGGUUUGUCUUUAGACGGUGCAAAAACAGAGGAACGUAAAAGCUUUGAGCCGCUAAAAGUCAGGCAUAAAGUGAAGACAUCCCACUUGCGUAAGGUGAGGUCUGAGGAUCACACCGAAGCAAAGCGAGAUGAGGUCUGGAUACGAAGGAAGCAAUCAGGUACAUCUCCAGACUGCGCCACGUAGAAGAUGACUGAGAGGAAGGUCUCAACGCGGGCUGCACAACGAGCACUCAUCACAAACGAUGCAUGAGCAUUGAGGUAUAUCACACAGAUAGUAGAUUAAACCGUGUAUUCUCGUCUUUACCUUAAGCCGAACGCUACUUUCUGUACAGAUUACUUCAUCUAUAGAGCAAUAAAGAUGUUGAGAAUGAAAGAGCUUGGUUCCAAAUCAAAUGCUGAUUCAUAAACGUUGUGUUAGCUUUCCGAGAUGGACUAAUGAAACAAUCAUUUAACCUAAUCACUUGCUUUGAUUGGCAUGGUUUGCACUUUUGAGCGGCGUUCUUCAGGCCCGCCUGCUGUUGCCAAAUUUCAGUAGUGUGAGAACAAUAAUAUUCAUUUAGUGUGUGUGAUUCAGAGAUAUUAUCCUAGUUAAGGGCUGUAUAAUUUAGUCCUAAAGUCAUAGAAUAAUAAAUUGCAAAUGGCAGUCUUGUCUUGCAUAGGUUACUGUACUUGUAUAUUUUUUCAUAAACACACACUGACUUGUGUAUUGAGUUUGUUUUCCAGAAGUAAAUAACCUAAGUCUGAGGGAUGUUUUCUUUUGUUAGCUAGGGUUAGGGUUAACUCUAGCCAGAAGCAAUGGGAUUUUAAUUUGAACAUAAUCCUGUUUUACUUGAAUUCGUAUUUUUUUUUGGUUUUGUUUUGUUUUGUUUUUUUACAACUGUGCAACAAAUAUUUUGUGUUUUAACUAUUUGCUGCUUAUUACUGCCAAUCACAACCAGACAUUUCACUCAAAAUCUGUAGUGUACAUAAUAAGCAUACGGGCUUUAUCAGGUGUUGUGCAUAGAGUUUGGAGUUUUUCAGUAAUGUAUUACAAAUCUGUGACUUUAUUUAUUCACAUGUGAAAUGAUUUAUUAGCAGCAAACAAGUAAUCCUUUAAUUUCCCACAAAGAAAAUCCAAAUUUGCUCAAGCAAUCAAGAGGAAAGACUUGCAGUUUGUCUGAACGAUGAAAUGAGUUUUAAUUUUUAAAAAUGUCAUGCUACUAUGACUGCAUUUUUAUUGUGUAUAUAAGAAUGUAUUGAUAUCACAAUAAAUAUGUUUGUUUACUACUUA